AUGCCGUGGGAUCGAUCAAUGGUCCAUUGGACUCAACAAGUCCUGAAAAAAGUGACCAGGGCUCGAUAUCUGGUCCGCGAGAGCCACCAAUGGGCAAGUCGUAUCUUCUUAGCAACAUCGGUCUCGCUAAAUCAUGUUAACAAUAUCAACAUACAGAUGGCCAGAAAUAACGAGGCGGAGUUGAGCGCUGAGCUUCGUCAGAUUGAAUGUGCCCUUGUCAUGGUUUUUGAAGAUAACCGUCUUCGACCUUCGCCCCCCGAGGCACGGCUUCCUCCAUCUUCAGCGACGGAGAGUCAGACACCAAAUUGUGGGAGCACCGCUAGGAAAAUCCAGGGUGUACCGACUCUAUCUACUUCGAUCCAGACGUGUAGGGGUUCAAGCACCCCUACUUUUGCAGAUGACAAGACAAAUGGCACCAAGCCCGCCAAAUCCAUUACUACCACAUCACCAUCGCAAGGUGUGCUUGUAGACUUCGAUGAAGAGUCGGCAGUUGUUGAACUGCUGCCAGGGAUUGUGGCUGCCAUGGAAUCAUUUCUAAUUGUUCCCAGAGAACCAAAAGACCAGCUGGAAGUUUGUUGA